AUCUAGAGUGGCAUGAUUUGUCUUGGUCAACAGACUAGGAAUUUCUUCUAGACUACAAGUCUGCCCUUCAAAGGAUUUCUGGAAUGUUUUGUCACUGCUUGGCUCUAUUUGUGCAGAAGAACUUUUCUUCUAUGGCUCAGUACAUACUCUUAGAUCAAGCCAAGAGAACUUUCUGGCUGUUUUCACUUUUGUUACGACAGUGUGGAGCUAAGCCCAACAACCCUUAAAAGGACUGUUGAUGAAGAUGACAAGUGUCCGCUGCAAGCUGGCCCACUAUUUGGAGGACCUGGAGGAUGUGGACCUCAGAAAAUUCAAAAUGCAUUUGGAAGAUUACCCACCUCAGAAGGGGUGCAUCCCACUCCCCAGGGGCCAGAUGGAGAAAGCUGACCAUUUGGAUUUAGCUACACUCAUGAUUGACUUCAAUGGGGAGGAGAAGGCAUGGGCCAUGGCUGUGUGGAUCUUUGCAGCAAUCAACAGGAGAGACCUCUGGGAGAAAGCUAAGAAAGAUCAGCUAGAGUGGAAUGCUGCAUGUGUUUCUGAUCUUACGGUGGAAUGCCAGGAAGACAGCAUUGAAGAGGAAUGGAUGGGUUUACUGGGAUACCUUUCUCACGUUUCAAUUUGUAAAAAAAAGAAAGAUUACUGUAAGAUGUACAGAAGACAUGUGAGGAGCAGGUUCUAUUGUAUUGAAGAUAGGAAUGCACGUCUGGGGGAGAGUGUGAACCUCAACAAACGCUACACCCAGCUACAGCUGGUCAAGGAACAUCGGAGCAAGCAGGAGAGGGAGCAUGAGCUGCUGACCAUUGGCAGAACCAAGAUGUGGGACAGCCCCAUGAGUUCCAUUAAUCUGGACUUGCUGUUUGAUCCUGAGGAUGAGCAUUCAGAGCCUGUGCACACAGUGGUGUUCCAGGGAGCAGCAGGCAUAGGGAAAACAAUAUUGGCCAGGAAGAUUAUGUUGGACUGGGCAUCCGGGAAGCUCUUUCAAGACAAAUUUGAUUAUUUGUUCUUUAUCCACUGCCGUGAGGUGAGCCUUAUGACACCAAGGAGUCUGGGGGACCUGAUUGUUAGCUGUUGGCCUGACACAAACCCACCGCUGGGCAAGAUUGUGUGCAAGUCCUCCAGAAUCCUCUUCCUCAUGGAUGGCUUUGAUGAGCUGCAAGGGGCCUUUGAUGAGCACAUUGGGGAGGUCUGUACAGACUGGCAGAAGGCUGUGCGGGGAGAUGUUCUGCUGAGCAGCCUCAUCCGAAAGAAGCUGCUGCCCAAGGCCUCUCUGCUCAUCACGACAAGGCCAGUAGCCCUGGAGAAGCUGCAACAUCUGUUGGACCACCCUCGCCACGUGGAGAUCCUGGGUUUCUCUGAGGCCAAAAGGAAGGAGUAUUUCUUCAAGUAUUUCUCAAAUGAGGUGCAGGCCAGGGAAGCUUUCAGACUGAUCCAGGAGAAUGAGAUCCUCUUUACUAUGUGCUUCAUCCCACUGGUCUGCUGGAUUGUGUGCACAGGACUGAAGCAGCAGAUGGAGACUGGCAAGAGUCUGGCCCAGACCUCCAAGACCACCACUGCUGUCUAUGUCUUUUUCCUUUCCAGUUUGCUGCAAUCCCGAGGAGGCAGCCAGGAGCAUCACUUUUCCAUCCAUCUCCAAGGGCUCUGCUCAUUGGCUGCAGAUGGCAUCUGGAACCAGAAAAUCUUAUUUGAGGAGUGUGACCUCAGGAAUCAUGGCCUGCAGAAGGCAGAUGUCUCUGCUUUCCUGAGGAUGAACGUGUUCCAGAAGGAAGUGGACUGUGAGAGGUUCUAUAGCUUCAGCCACAUGACUUUCCAGGAGUUCUUUGCUGCUAUGUACUACUUGCUGGAAAGGGAGGAAGAAGAGAUGAUCAUGAGGGAGGGGACAGCAGGUUGUUCAGAGCUUCUGAACCGAGAUGUGAAGGUCCUCCUAGAAAAUUAUGGCAGGUUUGAAAAGGGCUAUCUGAUUUUUGUUGUUCGCUUCCUCUUUGGCCUUGUAAAUCAGGAGAGGACUUCCUACUUGGAGAAGAAAUUAAGUUGCAAGAUCUCUCAGCAAGUCAGACUGGAGCUGCUGAAAUGGAUUGAAGUGAAAGCCAAAGCCAAGAAACUGCAGAGGCAGCCCAGCCAGCUGGAACUGUUCUACUGUUUGUAUGAGAUGCAGGAGGAAGACUUUGUGCAGAAAGCCAUGGACCACUUUCCCAAAAUCGAGAUCAACGUCUCCACCAGAAUGGACCAUGUGGUUUCUUCCUUUUGUAUCAAAAACUGUCAUAGGGUAGAAACACUUUCCCUGGGGUUUCUUCACAACUCACCCAAGGAGGAAGAAGAGGAAGAGGGAGGAAAUCAACACUUGGAUCUGGUCCAGUGUGCCUUCCCAGGUCCUGAUGCUGCCCACUCUUACAGAUUGGCAAACUGCUAUCUCACUUCCAACUUUUGCCGGGACCUCUUCUUGAGUCUAUGCACCAACCAGAACCUCACUGAACUGGACCUCAGUGACAAUUCUCUGGGGGAUCCGGGGAUGAGGGUGCUGUGUGAGACGCUCCAGCAUCCUGGUUGUAACAUCCAGAGACUCUGGUUGGGGCGCUGUGGCCUUUCCCAUCAGUGCUGUUUUGACAUCUCCUCAGUCCUGAGCAACAGCCAGAAGCUUGUGGAACUGGAUCUGAGUGACAAUGCCCUGGGGGACUUUGGAGUCAGACUUCUCUGUGUGGGGCUGAAGCACCUGUUCUGCAACCUACAGAAGCUCUGGCUGGUCAGCUGCUGUCUCACAUCGGCAUGUUGUGAGGAUCUUGCAUCAGUCUUGAGCUCCAACCAUUCCUUGACUAGACUGUACAUUGGAGAAAAUGCCUUGGGAGACUCAGGAGUUCAGGUUUUGUGUGAAAAAGUGAAGCAGCCACAGUGUAACCUGCAGAAACUGGGCUUGGUGAAUUCUGGCCUUACCUCACUUUGUUGCUCAGCUCUGUCCUCUGCAAUAAGAACCAACCAGAACCUUACACACCUUUACUUACGAGGCAACACUAUUGGAGAUGUGGGGAUCAAGCUCCUCUGUGAGGGACUCCUGUACCCAGGCUGCAAGCUACAGAUGCUGGAACUAGACAACUGUAGCCUUACCUCACACUGCUGCUGGGAUCUCUCCACAGUUCUGACCUCCAACCAGAGUCUUAGGAAGCUGAGCCUAGGCAACAAUGAUCUCGGCGAUUUGGGGGUGGUGAUGCUCUGUGAGGUCCUGAAACAGCAGAGCUGCCUCCUCCAGAGCCUACAGUUGUGUGACAUGUACUUCAAUUAUGAGACAAAAUGUGCCUUAGAAGUGCUUCAAGAAGAAAAGCCAGAGCUGACCAUUGUAUUUGAGCCUUCUUGGUAGCUUGGCAACAGGGCUGCCAGAUGCCAGGGUCACUGCCCCAUUGCUGCUGUGCACACAGGUGGAGAGAACCCACCUCUACCAUCAGAACCAGAGCCAGUCUCUUCCAGUCCAGGGCCUGGAGCCCAAGCAAGUCUUUCCCCAGUGAAGACACUGGUAAUGUGAAACCUGCAGAGGCACAGCUCUUAUCACAGCCUCAGCCGAGAGGGUGUUCCCUCUUGACUUCAUGAGAUCAACUCCUAGAAAACAUAGUUUUUGUCUUUUCCCUCUCUUGUGCAAACAUUCCUUGACCUACCUUUCUUCUUCUGUUUGUUUUGUCUAUAUUUGCUCAUAUUACCAUCCCUCCGUUUCUAUUAAUUGACCAUAACACACAACUAGUUGGCUGUAUGUUAUAUUGCAAGUUUGUGGAAGCUACUUAUUUAUUUUUAAUUUUUAUAACAUUUUUAUUUUUUAAUUGAAAAUAAUCCAUGCUUAGGUGAGUUACCUGAAAAUUCAGAUAUGUAUAAAACCUUUUUAAAACAAUUUAUUGAUUUAAAUUGUUUCCUUAAUUAAAAAAUAUAGAAUUCUUUUAAAUUAUUUAUUCAAACUACUAAAAUACAUUUCCUUACACAUUUAAAAUAUCUCUUUGCAAAAAUGAUUUAACUGUGGUUAGUGGGGAAAAAAAUCACCUUCUCUUUGUGGGGGAAAUUUCAUUACCCAGAUUCUGGAGGAAGAAUUUCAGCUCUUCUAGCACAGAAGUUAACAUCACACAGUGGAGGCUUUAGAGAAGUGGGAGCCCACACUCUCAACUAGAAGUAUUAGGUAGAAAAUGCAUCUUGCCUGUGGUUGAUAAAAACUUAUCUUACGUUUAUCCAGUUUGAAGAGCAGUUCCCCUAGCAAGCUACACAUAGCGCUAAGUCAUGAAUUAAUUUCUUCUGUACACAGGAACAACUUUUGAAGCACACAGUAUUACUCAGGAUGGGAAUAUUGCUUCCUCUGUCUGAUGGUCACCUCCAGACCAUUGCUAUGAAAGUGUGACUGGUAAACUGUUAAUGUGAGGAGGCUAUUCAAGGGUGAGGCAAUUAUGCCACUUCUCUUUUUAGA